AUGUUUUACAGAUUAAUAGUGACAGAAGAUCAUCGUGACUUUCUAAGAUUUUUCUGGUACCGCAACAGCGAUCCAAACGAGGAACUCAUCGAGUACCGUAUGAAAGUCCAUGUGUUUGGAAACACACCAUCCCCAGCUGUAGCGAUGUAUGGUUCACAGAAAACGGUAGAAAACGCAAACGUCGGUGGGUGUCUUAGUCAAUCUCCGUUACCCAUAACCCAAAAACAACCGAUCAUCAUUGACAGGAAAUCACAUGCUGCCAUUUUACUAGUCAGACAUUAUCAUGAGAGGGUACAACACCAAGGUAGAGUGUUCACAGAAGCUGCCCUACGAUCUCAUGGUUUCUGGAUUAUAGGAGCCUUAAAGAUUAUCAAUUCUGUGUUACAUAAGUGUGUGAUUUGUAGGAAACUACGUAGACCUUCCUCUCAACAAAUCAUGACUGACCUGCCAGCAGACAGAGUUGUUCCGUCACCUCCGUUUACUAUUGUAGGCGUCGACGUUUUUGGUCCCUGGAACAUUGUAGCACGCAGAACACGAGGAGGAUUAGCACAUUCGAAGAGAUGGGCCGUACUCUUCAGCUGUCUCACAUCUAGGGCAAUCCAUAUUGCGGUCAUAGAGGAGCUAAGCAGUUCAACAUUUAUAAAUGCCCUUGCAUGA